AUGGCAGAGCUCCAGCUCCACCAUCUCUUGCAUGAAUGUGCGUUGACCUCGCCGGAAACCGUAGCAAACGGCAUCUGCGACGUCUGUUACAACGAUGUACCGAUCGAGUUCGUCUGUAACCCGUGUAAUUUCGAUCUCUGCAAAGUUUGCUCGAAGCUCAAGCAGAGGAUCUCGCACUAUCUUUACCCGGAGCACGCUCUAGAGUUUUAUCUACGCAAAGCUAAUCACAAUCAUCCACACGUCAUCUGCUCUGGAUGCGGGAACAUGUCUUCUGGUUCCUUCUACGGGUGCAAAGAGUGUGAGAUCUACCUUGAUUUGGGUUGUGCGUUCUUAGAGAACACCGCGGAGGGCUGGGACAUGAAAGAAUUGCUCCAUGACAGCCAUAAACACUUGCUCAAGAGGUGUAGACCAGGACCCGAUGCUGGUGGCGCUUGCCUCCUCUGUGAGCUUCCUCUCUCCCCAUCCUCGAUAUGUUACGGUUGCGUUUAUUGUUACGAAUUUCUUCACGAACACUGCCUUGAUCUUCCGUCAGAGAUUCAGCACCCGGGGCAUCCUGCUCACCCUCUCAUACGCCUGAGUUAUGUACAAGCAAUCGAAAAAACUUGUGAUGUGUGUGACGGUGAAUUUUUUGGUGUUCUAUUUGGCUGCUUAGAAUGUCGGUUUUACCUUCAUCUUAGCUGCGUUAAUGCCUUGUUGCGAGGUCUGAGGCAUGAGUGUCAUGAACACAUGCUGUUUAAUAUAACAGAUACUCCUGAUAGAAGGAUUCGGAUAUGCCAAAUAUGCAUGGAGAGUGUGGUGAAUGACAACUCCCAUUAUCGCUGCAUCCAGUGCAGUGUGGAAUUUCAUAUCACGUGUCUGAAAAUACCUCAAUCUGUGGUCAAUAAGUCAUAUCACAUUCAUCGACUCGUCCGUAAAAUAUUCCAACCAAAAGAUUAUUCUUUGGAGUAUUGUGGUGUUUGCGAGACAAUUUUAUUUAUAGGAGCGUAUGCUUAUUGUUGCGAAGAAUGUGAUUAUGCAGGACACACUGAAUGCAUUCUACGCGAGGAAGUGCCUUCUCCAUUGUACUUGAAAGAUCUCUACUCUUGCAACAAAGGGAACGUGAAAUCAACAGGUCACAAAAAAUUUGAAACCAAUGAGUUAGAAGACAAACUAGUGGUUAAUGAUAUUGAACAUAUUCAUGUGAUGAGACCGGUCCACAUGAGUGAGCUUGAGGGAGAAGCAGAGUGCGGUUUAUGUGGUCAACAAAUACAUGAAAGUCCUUGUAAAUGCGAGACAUGUAGUUUCCAGUCACAUCGGUCAUGUGCAGAGUUGAGUCGACCAUCAAGACAUCCAUUUCAUAACCAUCCUUUGACACUCCUACCAUAUUCCACUGAUCUUUACUUGUCCAAGGGUAGAAUGUAUUGUGAUUCUUGCACAGACGCGAUACAUGGGUUCCAUCUCUUAUGCCCAAUAUGCAAUUUUUCCAUCCACGUGAGAUGCGCUUUAGAAGGUAAAAAACUGUUCGGUACAUUACAUAUGGGGCAAAAAGUCACUGGAACUUGGGUAGGACGUUGCAGGCAAGACAAACAUAGCAUGUUUGAAGUUAUUGUCUCAAGGUCAUUUCCUAUCUCUUGUGAUAUUUGUGAAGAGAAGUUGUGUGGAAAGGCUCUGUCAUGUAUCAAGUGUGGAGAUAUAUAUCAUCAUCUGUGUACUGGAGUUGGGACACAAACACUUUUUUCUCAUCCACUUCAUCCUGAUCACGGCCUUAAAAUUUCACGUCAAAGUGGAUCCAAGUGCCUUGCCUGCAAACUGAGUAUUAUAAAGUAUGGCUAUCAUUGUGGUAUAUGUGAAGUCAGUUUCCAUGUGAAAUGCAUGGAAGUGGUCAAUGUAACAGGAAAGGUUGGAUCACACAAGCACAUUUGCUACAACUUCUGGAUCAACGAGUCGCAGCUGACUCGAACUUGCAAUGUUUGUGCAAGGCCGUGUGGUGCGUCAUUCUACGGAUGUAUUGAUUGCAAAUUCAAAUCCCAUGUAGAGUGUCUUGGGUUUCCAGCCAAUGUGAAGAGCCACAGGCAUCAGCAUACUGUCGCAUAUAAGCGUUUGCCUUACCUUGAGCAUAAAAUUUGUUCUCUUUGUGGAUUAAGAAGCGAGGAUUCAGUUUACGCCUGCAAUCAUUGCCAAGACUAUUUUCAUAUGAGAUGCAUAUUGUCAAUGGAUGACCGUGAGGCAGCAACAGAAGAGGAACAGGUUGGAGACAUCUAUCUUAUGUACAUUGAGCGUCAUCUCCUUAGCAUUUUGAAAGAAGAGCCUGUACUGAAAGACACUGAGAGUAGUGAAGAAGACGGUAGUGGUGAAGAAGACAGUGAUGAAGACGACAAUGAUGAAGAUGAUAAUGAUGAAGAUGACAGUGAUGAAGAUGAUAGUGGUUAA